CACACCCCCGGGACUGCUCCAUUUUGGCUGCAGGUGGAGACCCGGCCUUACCGCAGAGUACCGCUCAGGCGGUAGGAACUCCUUCGGGGCGGAGCCGGCUCACGUCCCUGUCGCCCUUACUUCCGCCCACAGAAGCCGCGGCGCUCAUGGCGGGCUUGGAGGUGCUCUUCGCCUCGGCGGCGCCGGCCAUCAGCUGCGCGCAGGACGCGCUCGUCUGCUUCCUGCACUGGGAGGUGGUGACGCACGGCUAUUACGGCCUGGGCGCCGGCGACCAGCCAGGUCCCAGUGAUAAGAAGUCAGAACUGCUACCAGCUGGGUGGAGUAAUAAUAAAGACCUGUAUGUCCUUCGUUAUGAGUCCAAGGAUGGGUCCCGAAAGCUCCUGAUGAAAGUUAUCCCAGUGGAGAACAGCAUGAUCAUCAAUGUGCUGGAAUAUGGCUCACAGCAAGUGACAGACUUGACUCUGAACUUAGAUGAUUUUAUCAGUGCAGAAGACCUGGGUGACUUCCACAGAACCUACAAGAAUAGUGAAGAGCUUCGGUCUCGCAUCGUAUCUGGAAUCAUCACACCUCUCCAUGAACAGUGGGACAAGGCUGGUGAAAGAAGUCCCCAUCAGGAAUUCCCUCCGGCCACCGCCAGAGAGGUAGACCCUCUCAGGAUUCCUCCACACCACCCACACACCAGCCGGCAGCCUUCUUGGUCUGAUCCCUUGGGCCCUUUUGCUGUCGGGGGAGAAGAUCUAGACCCCUUUGGGUUCCAGAGAGGUGGCAUGAUUGUGGACCCCCUGAGAUCUGGCUUCCCAAGAGCACUUAUUGACCCAUCCUCAGGUCUUCCAAACCGGCUUCCUCCAGGUGCAGUUCCUCCAGGAGCUCGCUUUGACCCCUUUGGACCCAUCGGGACGAGCCCCUCUGGACCCAACCCAGAUCAUCUCCCUCCACCGGGCUUUGAUGACAUGUACCUGUGAAGACCUCAAGAAUGUAACAUCCCAGCCUCUCCUCUACUCCCCUGUAGCUGCCCCCAUUAACCUCACCAUCAGCCGUGUUCUUGUAGGCUUGGGGCAAGGGACUCUGCCCAUGUGUUUGCAGGCCAGCUGGGAUUGCCUCCUCACCCCUUCUCCAAGGCAAGUUACCUGCUGCACCUCUCCACCUGGCUGCACCUCUCCACAUAGAUCACAAAGAGAAGUCGGUGUGUGUCUUACCACCAGCUCCUCCCUUUUCUCACGGGAGACUCCGGCAAUGCACACCCUCUACCUAGUACAGCCUGAGUUGCAGUGCUGUAAGAACAGAACGCAUUUUGGAUGUAUUAUUAAGAACUAAAUGUCAAUACAAAAUUCAUGUUGCCGGUUUC